UCAAGACCAUUUGGCAACUGAGAGGGAAAGCAGAUGUCAGGAGGAGCUACACCCACAUUCCGGGGAGGGGCCGCUGCUGGGUGGGGGGCACGUGGGGACCUGCACUCACGCAAGCUUCUGCUCUGCUGCGCCCACCAGCCCCGUCCUCGCCCGCACCCUUGCCUGCUUCCCUGGCUGGCUCCCACUUGCCUCCCGUGCCAGGUGCUUCUGGGGCUCAGCAGGAGAGGAAAGGGGCAGAGGGGCAUAGGGUCCCUCGGGUACUGUGGGGGCAGGCGGGCGCACAGCGCUCCGGCUCUGAGCCAGGCCUGUGAGGGAAGGGGCUGCAGGCUGGCAGGGUGCCGACUUCCCCCAUGGCUGCUGUGAGCCCGCAGAGUCAUCCUUGGCCCCGUCCCGCCCUUGGGGAAGAAUGGGCCCCUCUGUCCUCAGGCCCCUUCGACGUGCUGAGCAUCCAGACGUGGCGAGGAGCCCGAAGGGUGUGGGGUCCCCUCUGCAGGGUCCUGCUUGUUGCCUGUUUCCGGCGGGCGGGGUGCACAAUGGGGUCUCUAAGGACCGUUUCCCGCCACUGGCCCCAUUGUCACUGUCUCCGCCUUCCUCCUCAGCCUUUCAGCCGCAUAAAGGGCCAGUGAGGUUUGGGACAGCCACAGCCCAAGGCCCUGAGGCUAAAAGCCCCUGAGUGGGGGUGUUCCAGAACACCUGGCCCUGUGUGAGCUGCCUCCUCUCACCCCAACCCCUUGGAUCCUGGGAAAGACAGCCAUGGCUCAAGGGCCAGGGACCCCUGGGCUGAGCCCCAGAAAUGGCUUUCCAUUCUCGCCUGGGCCGGGGUGGGGAUGGAGGCCAGAGGCCCUGCCCAGGCAGAUGAAGCCCCCAGCUUUCAAGGGGGAAACUGAGGCUGUGUGAGGGACACGGCUGUGCAGGGCCCACAAACACGGUCCUUUCUCUAGGUUAGCAGAUGCAGAUGCUGAUGAGUGCCAUGCCCUCUGUGGACACCUGGGGGGGGUCACCUCCAGCGCCGCCCUGUGACUUCCACAGGGCAGCUUGUCUGAAAGCUGCACGUUCAAGGGACUUACCCUUUCACACAGAUCACCUGCCUACCGCAGGGCUGAUGAGGAUGGGUGAGGAGCGCAGCCAUUGGGUGUCAUGCACUGUGGGGGUUCACCCACCUUCUGCCCCUCCUCAGGUUCCUUGCUGCUUCUCUCCUCUCCCAACUGUGGCACGCUGAGGGCUCAGGCACAGGACCGCUCCUCUGGGGCAGCCUCCAAUAACCCUUGGACAACCUCCACUUUUUCAUCUUCAGCCCUGACCACUCCCUGGGGCCCAUAGCCUUACAUCCAUCUGCCCCCAGCCCAAACACUUCCGCAAAGACUAGAAAAGGAGGUAGCCCGUGUGCCCUCCUGCACCGCCUCCUCCACUCCUGUCUUGGAGAGGCUUUCCCAUGGGCCAAGCAACCCCCUUACCUUUGGCACUUGCCCUGAUUCUCUGGCCAGCUUCCUACAACCUCUCCUUUUCAGCCACACCCAAGUUCACCUGUUCACAAACACCCUGGGCUGGGCCCUGGCCAAACCCUGGCUUCUACCCACCUGUCUCAGGAAGUGCCUGAGCCUUGCACCUACAGACCCUCCCAGAGAAAGCCCUGGCUUUGCAACCAGCUGUCUUCUCAUGAGACACAGGGCCACAGGAGCACCACGGUGCCCAAAUGGGUCUUGGAGCAUUAGACCAGGGGCUUCAUGCCUGCCCUGAGGACAGGUGGCCAAAGUGGCAUGGGAGAUAGGGAGACGGUGUGGGUGAGCAGGUGGGCAGGAGUUACAGGAGCCUGGGGCCUGUGGAUCACAGACACCGCCAGGCAAGUGCCAGUUCACACAGGUACAGGUGGCUGCAGAGUGCCCAAAGGCCAAGAAGCAGAGUGCCUGGUGUGGACAAGAGAGGAGUGGGGAGGUCGGGCGCAGUGGCUCGCGCCUGUAAUCCCAACACUUUGGGAGGCCGAGGCAAGCAGAUCAUGAGGUCAGGAGAUGGAGACCAUCCUGGCCAACAUGGUGAAACCGUCUCUAAUAAAACACAAAAAAUUAGCCGGACGUGGUGGCAUGCAUCUGUGAUCCCAGCUACUCAAAAGGCUGAGGCAGAGGAAUCACUUGAACCUGGAAGGAAGAGGUUGCAGUGAGCCAAGAUUGCGCCACUGCACUCCAACCUGGGCGAAAGAGCGAGACACAGUCUCAAAAAAAAAAAAAAAAAGAAGAAGAGUGGGGAGUGCACACUAGAGUCCAGUUAGGUGCAUUCAUCCAGUAAGCCUCCUAGGUAACUGCUCUAGGUGCAGGGAAUAAUGCAGGCAGCAGGACAGGAAUGGGUGCUGUCAGCUCCCCCUAGAGCUCAGUGUACAUACACCCUUCCUUUCCUGGGAGGGCCGUUCCAGGCCCCCAGGAGACAGGACACGCUGAGCUGGGUGGGGCUGGGGCCAACGUGGGCAGGCCUGUGAGACUCUGCACUUGGGAGCUGGGGGCUGUGGUCUGGGGCAUACCCAUGUCUGGAAGCAGCCUCUGUCCCUGCAGGGGCUCCAGACCCCAGCCACGGAUGGCUAAGGAGGAGCUAGGCCAGGGCACGCACAGACAACCCCCGACAUUCAUGGGUGUCCAGCCCUACUCUGGGUGUGGAGGUCGUGGCCCCGCUGCCUGACCCAGAGCUCGGCUCUUCCACUUGCGCUUCCCACCCCCAGCUUCACAAGGUCACCUCCAGGAACUCAGUCUUUUUGUGUGUUGUGUUCUGGAGAAGGAAGGUGAUCUCCCCACUCCCGGGGCUGUCUGCCUUCCCUGUAGCUGGCAGGCGCCAGAGGCCCCCGCCUGUGACAUCCGGCUUUCCUCCCACCACACUCGCCUGAGAGCCAGCAUCUGUCUUCUUGGGCCUGCUCAAGAUCUCCUCCGUGUCAGCCCCUCCUCCAUGCCCUUCUCCCUCAGACCCCAGCCCCCCAUCCCUUCACCGCCCACUGGGGCUCAUCGCUCAGGCUGUAGGAGGGAAAUGGAAGGAUGUCCUCCCGGGGUCUGGCUGGCGCUGGGUGUCCGAGUCAGCGGAGCGCCCCCACCAGUCUCCCCGAGGCAGAGUCAUGGGGGUGCUGGCGCCUGGACGCUGUCUCAUCCCGGGGAGCCGCUUUCCACCGGCUCCCUGGGCUCCAGCCGCCCCACGCGAGCCCCCGGCUGGUUCUGGGGCCAGGACCGCCCCUCUCCAAGGCAGACUUCCCUUCAUUCCACGACAAAGACGCGCAGCCCCGUUUCCCUGGGGCUCUAGCCCGUGAGAUCGCCGGGUGUAUCCCGACUCCCGCCGGCACGUGCGCUCCCCCAGGGCAGGGCCUGCCUGUCCCCUUCCGCGGGUCGCCAGCAGCCAGCACAGGCCGCAAACGGCGGUCCGCAGAGCGGACCAAAGGAGCCGACCCUCGCAGGCUUGGAGCCGGACGCGGCGGGGCAGAGCCCCCGAGGCUGCAGCUCGCCGGAACCCGCGGGAGGGCAGCCGGGCUGGGCGGAGCGCACAGCGCAACGGACCGACCGCGCAGGCUCUGCCGGCCACUUCCGGUGUCGCGCGGCGGCUCCCGGCAGGAGGCAGAGGGCACACCGCCAGCCCCAGGCCAGGCUGCGAGGGCCGCGGACCCGAGCCGGGAAGGACCUUGGGCGGACGAGCCGCGCGUCCCGCAGCCAUGGAGCAGGACGACCCGGCCGAGGCGCUGACGGAGCUGCGCGAGCGGCGGCUGGGCGCGCUGGAGCUGCUGCAGGCGGCGGCCGGCUCGGGCUUGGCAGCCUACGCGGUGUGGGCGCUGCUGCUCCAGCCCGGCUUCCGGCGCGUGCCGCUGCGGCUGCAGGUGCCCUACGUCGGCGCGAGCGCGCGGCAGGUGGAGCACGUGUUGUCUCUGCUGCGAGGACGCCCCGGAAAAACGGUGGAUCUGGGCUCUGGCGACGGCAGGAUCGUGCUGGCGGCCCACAGGUGCGGCCUCCGCCCGGCCGUGGGCUACGAGCUGAACCCCUGGCUGGUGGCGCUGGCGCGGCUGCACGCCUGGAGGGCCGGCUGUGCCGGCAGCGCCGGCAGCGUCUGCUAUCGCCGCAAGGAUCUCUGGAAGGUGAGCCUGAGGGACUGCCGCAACGUGUCUGUGUUCCUGGCCCCUAGCGUGCUCCCGCUGCUGGAGGACAAGCUGCGGACAGAGCUGCCUGCCGGGGCCCGCGUGGUGUCUGGGCGCUUCCCACUCCCCACCUGGCAGCCUGUGGCCGUGGUUGGCGAGGGCCUGGACCGAGUAUGGGCCUAUGAUGUUCCUGAGGAGGCUGGGGAGGCCGUCUCCUCGCGGAUCCCCAUCCAGGCUGCCCCCGGACCUAGUUCUGCCCCCGUCCCGGGGGGCUUGUUUCUCAGGCCAGCUGAAUGUUAGACACGAUAAAGACUCUGUGGGUUCUA